UUAAAAUGACGCUCUACUACACCUUGGUCUUCCUGCUCCUCGUGGCAGAGAUGGGCCUUUUUGUGCUCCUCAUCCUUCCCCUGCCCUUCGCGAUGCGUCGGAAGAUAUUCACCUUCAUCUCGGAGAAUCCCAUCGUUGCGAAAGUGCAGUACUGGCUUAAGAUCACCUUUGUCUUCAUCUUGAUUCUCUUCAUCGACAGCGUCAACCGCGUUUAUCGCGUUCAAGUUGAGUUGGCGGCUGCUACCGAGAAUUCGGGCAACGCUGGGCCGGCCAUAAUGGGCCACGAGCGGCUCGAAGUCCAGGCCCGCAAGUUCUACUCGCAGCGCAACAUGUACCUGUGCGGCUUUACGCUGUUCCUCUCGCUGAUCCUCAACCGGACCUACAUCAUGAUCCUCGAGGUGCUGCGGUUGGAGGAGAAGCUCAAGAAGUACGAGGGCACCGCCAAGGACACCAAGGAGUCGGAGAAGCUGGCCAUGGCCGGCGACCCGGGCGAGAUUUCCCGCCUCAAGCGCGAGGUUAAGCUGCGCGACCAGGACAUUGAGACGCUCAAGAAGCAGGCCGCCGGGUUGCACAAGGAAUACGACGAGCUGGCUGAGAAGUACGGCCGGACCCAGGAAGACGGCACGCCCAAGAAGUCCAAGUAGGAUGGUGACAUCUGGGAUGACCUCGAAUCGCUCUGCAUUCCUGCGUCGGCGGAGAAGCGAGACGACGGCACGCCGAGGCAGAGACCGAAAAAAGCACCGUCACAGGACGCAGAGAAACCCUGAUUGGUAGAUCGUGUCAACCUGGACAUGACAGGUUUUGCUUUGUCCGGGCAUACGUGUAUGCAACGUGCAUAUGGUGGGCUGAGGAGUUGGUUGUGGGUAUUAUAGGAAUCAUCUGAGAAGGUUGACCGUGUGUGUUGCGGCAAAUACCCCAAGAGGGUGCUCAUGAAUGCCAAUUUAAUGUAUUUGUACUCUUAUCGCACCCAGAAGAAUGCAGUCUAUCAAUAAACAGUACACAACCCCAACCCCCCAUCUAUCAGCUCGUAUCAAGCCCUACAUACCUUAUGUACAAUACCUAUCCAUAUCAAUUCCA